AUGGACAGUUCCAGUCAAGCCAUAAAAAAAUUAACAGCAAGAAUAGAAGCCAUCGAACGUAUGCUCAAAGUCUCAAAUAGUUCAGAAACGAAUGAAACAGCCUUGAAUACGAUAAAUAUGGAAUUAAAGAGAAAUUUAGUUAACGACGAAAUAAGCAUACGUGGAUCUAGUAUAUCAAAGAACACUGAAAUUGAAUUAAACUGUACAGAGGAGUAUAAACUAUUGACAGAGCUUGAGGCAAGUUCAACACUUCUACAAAAGUCAUUGAGAACAAUAUUGUUGCUCGGAGGGAACAACCAGGCAUUCAGAAAAGAAACUGAAUAUCUAUCAAGCUUAUCACAUGAGUUUAUUGAGAAUGUUGUUGAUAUAUUCCAAAUAGCCGAUUCAUGCUCCAACUUCUCUUUACUGCCCAAUAGAAUUCGUACAUCCGAUGAUUCAGUGGCUCAAACAAAUGAUGUAGACGUCCCAACAGCUAUCGAAAUGGAUGACUGA